GCUGCUUUGACCGGCCGGCAUGAUUUUAUUAAUAUCCACACGAGAAAACAAGAAGGAACCUUUAGAGCUUCAAGACGGCGCUGCUCGAAUGCCAAAAAUAAUCGGACCGGAGGUGAACUUCGCAGCCGGUUUGCUCCGCAGUAGACACUACCAAUCGAGUGCUUAAUCCGUUAUCGUGAGCUUUCGCGGAUCCGUGUUCUUUCUAGAAUAGAAACGGAGCUGAGAAAUAUAACGUUCCAUUGGGAACGAAUAGCUGUCUCCAAGGCAAAAGAAGAGGAAAACGGUCGCAGCGAUUUUUGUUCAUGCCGACGACUGCAGGUCGAUGUUUCGUCUUUUAUUUCGUGUUGCUGUUCGUCGUGUGUCUGGCUAAAGACGCGCACAUAGUGGCCAGAUGGGCGGACAAGUUGGGCACCGAGUUAUGGGAACUCGCGAACGAAAUAGCCCGGCCCGAGGAAUUGCUAGAAAAAUACAAAAGCAUGAACGCGCGAGUUGAAAAUAAGUCCGGAGAAGAAUUGGUCAACAUAAUCAGCGAAAAUGUAGGUAGGAUGCUGCGUCGGAAGAUGGACGCUGUCACCUGCAUUCGAAUAGCAGCCGAGGACGCUGCAGAAAGCUGGGACCCAUCUUCCUUGAACGUAUCUCGCGUAAACUGCAACCUCUCCUACAUUUCCAGCAAAUGCAGUCCUGUCAUAGGACAUGAGUCAGCAAAAGAGAAGAAACAUUGCAAGAAGGUUGUGAAAGACUACGGGGACGUGUACAGAAAAAUGGAACUGAUCUCGGACUCGCAUUUCUACAACAUCCCGGUGAAUACGAGUUACUCAUCGGUUCAUAUACCGACCAACGUGUUCGAUAUCACGCCAGAAGUGGCUAGAGAUAUCGCGAGGACUGAGCCGCUGGACGAUAUGUUUCGUCAGAAUUACGAAUCCGAUCCGGCAUUGUCAUGGCAAUACUUUGGUUCAGUUACCGGUAUGCUCCGACAAUAUCCUGCUAUGAAAUGGCAAACAGACCCCGAGGACCCCGAGGACGCCGAGGACGCCGAGGACGCCGAGAACGCCGACGAUGACGAUGAUGACGGUAAUAAAGAUGAUGACAGUGAUGGCAAAAAUGACAGUAAGAAAGACAACAAUAAUGAUGAUGUUGAUGAUAAUUAUGUUAAUGAUGAUGAUGAUAAUGAUGAUGAUCAUGAUGAUGGAAAUGAUGAUGACGACGAUGAUGAUGAUGAUGAUGAUGAUGGUUCUCCUGCUGAUUUGUACGACUGCAGAGUACGUAGUUGGUUUGUCGAGGCGGCCACAUGUAGCAAGGACAUGGUGAUCCUAAUGGACGUCAGCGGCAGCAUGACCGGCAUGGGAAAAACUAUCGCAAAGACAACGGUGAUCUCAAUUCUGGACACCUUGUCGAACAACGACUUCGUCACGAUGCUGAAAUAUAACAACGAGACGACCGAGUUCGUACCAUGUUUCAAGGAUAUGCUGAUUCAAGCCACGCCGGAGAAUCUCGACACGUUUAAGAAAUCUAUGGACAAAAUCGGUACAACGGAGGUCGCCAAUCUCUCGAUGGCCUUCACUAAGGCGUUCAGUCUACUCAAAACCUACCGGGAAAUACGUGGCUGCGACGCCGACUCACCGUGCAAUCAGCUCAUCAUGCUCGUUACCGAUGGUGUUCCCGGAGGAAAACUGGGGAUUGAACUGAAAGAGGUAUUCAAAAAAUGGAACUGGAAAGAAAAUAGUACUCAUGUACCGGUCCGGGUGUUUACGUAUCUUAUAGGCAAGGAAGCGACGAAGAUAGACGAAGUCCGGUGGAUGGUGAGAUCGUGUCUGAAUCGCGGCGACUACAAGCAUGUGCAAACACAGGAGGAAGUGCGCGAACAGGUGCUCAAGUACAUCCCGGUUAUGGCGCGUCCCUUGGUGCUUCAGGGUGCGGUACAUCCUAUCGUGUGGACGCAUGUUUAUGCCGAUGUCACGAAUCCGGCACUUGCCGCUUGGCUGUGGCUGGUGAUGAAGCAUGGAGAACAAAACUCGCGACUACAAAAGUAUAAGAAAGGAACAAAGCUGGGCGUGCAAACAAACAGGGACGCAAUCUACAUACUGCAGAUGCAGAAGGACGAGAACAUUGAGGAGGACCCGGCCAUCCUGAACACCACCGCCUGGGAAGAAUAUGAACUGUUGACUUCUGUGAGCACACCUGUGUUCGACCGCAAAAGCAACCGCGAAAACAUGACAGAUGCGAAGAAUGACACACUGUUUGGCGUGGCUGGCACGGACGUGCCGAUCGACGAUAUCCGCAAACUUACGUUGCCAUACAAACUUGGCGUGAACGGUUACGCCUUCAUUGUGUCUAACAACGGCUUUGUGAUACUGCAUCCAGACCUCCGGCCGGUCUACAACGGUCGGCUUAAAAUGAACUAUAACAGCAUUGACCUUACGGAGGUGGAGAUACUCGAUGAUGGGCGCGGACCAAGGGACCCGGGUCCUGAAAUAUUGGAGCUGAGAUCAGCGUUAGUGGAUCAUAAGCGAGGUAACAUGACAGAGAUUCCCGUGAAAUUACAUUACGAUGACAAUCGUCGGGUCCGCUUCGAAAAACGUGAUUAUUUCUAUGCGCCUCUACCUGGCACACCAUUCAGCCUUGCAGUUGUUAUACCUAACUAUGGAACUACGUGGAUUAAGGUUGGCGACGAGAUCCGCAGGAACCAGAACAUGAACGUGAACGUGUCGGAUUACUUUGUGGGCGAUCAUUGGCGCAUACAUCCGAGCUGGGUGUAUUGUCGUUACCAUUACCUGGAAGGUCAUGAAUUUAACAGUCCGGAAGACGAAUUGCGCCACUUCUUGGCGCUGAUGAGCCGGCCUAGUUGGCGCUGGUCCGAACAAUAUGAGGCUUAUCCGUCCAUAGACGAAGACAUCGAAGAACCCAACUGUGGCAGGCAGACACUCAAGCACGACGAUUAUUAUUGCAACAAAGAGCUUAUGCAGCUGCUCGUGUUCGAUGCCAAGGCAACGAACGACAGUUUCCGCGGUGACUAUUUGGAGGAUUUGCCCCCAAGGGCUCGGAAUCUGGCACACCGCUACGGUAUCUUUGUUAGGUUUAUCGCGACGCAAAGUGGCCUUACCAGGUGGCAUUAUUUAAAGGCCAGCAAACUAUCGAAUGAAGAUGACGGCAUUAUUUUUGGCGAUCUUCAUAGACGAGCAGUGAAUGAGCCCUGGUACAAAGGCGCGAUUUUUCAGAAUGAGUUGGAUUCCAACAGUAUUUCUAUAUCUGUUCCAUGGGAAGCAGGCGCCGACGCGAUAGUGACAGCUUCGAUGAGCCUAUCGCCCAAGGACGGCGGUAGGAAAGCGCCGGCGGCCGUAGUGGGUUUUCAAAUGCCGAUGAGAGAUCUGUACAAGCAAUUCAUCGCGGUAACUUCAGUAACAACGAAUUCGAUGAUGAAUUGUUCCAACAUUUGGAUCGACUGCUACCUAUUAGACCAGAACGGCUACGUGGUGAUCUCGGACGCACAUAACGACACUGGGCAAUUUUUGGGCACUCAGGAGGGCGCCGUUAUGGUGUCCAUGGUCAACCAGGGUGUUUACAAUCCAGUCGAGAUCUAUGAUUAUCAAGGAUGGUGUCAAGUGGUCCGAGUCGGAAACUCCGCCAACAGCUUGAUGGAGCCGCUGCAACAUGUUGCAAAGUUGUUACUCUGGUUUCUGCUGCGGUUGAUGUGGUUCACGACCCAGUUUGUAAACUUGCCCGGCAUUCACGGCAAAUUCCAUUUUGAUGAGGACGCACCAGAUCCAGAACCACCACCGCAACCCUAUCUCUAUCUCUAUCCCUGUGAUCAAAAGCGAACACUCUACAUGUUGAACGAGACCGUCGCUGCUAAAGGCGUCACCAAUCACUCCGACUACUGCUCACGACCUUUCUACGCUCAGAGAGUGCCACACACUAAUCUAUUGCUGGUUGUGGUAAACAGCAUGUACCCGACAUGCUAUAGAAGAUUGGCAGUAACACCCGUCAACAUUUUACCCUCUGAGUACACAAAUAGCACAGGCGACAAACCCUGUCACAAGAUCCCAUUGAACGCCCUGAAGAGACGCAGGUUGAAGAAUUGCUUUACGGAACAUCCUCUGGAACUUGAGACUUAUGAGACCUAUGGCUGCGGAGCAUCUGCAUUGAUGGUGUCCUUUUCGCUGUUGUAUAUCAUUAUUGCUAGGAUUCUAUAUGUCUUUGUAUGAUGGCAAAUUAGUCGUCCUUGAUACAUGUGAUCAUUUAUUCAAGGAAACACGUGUGACUUGUAUUAUAUCCAAAGUUGAAACCAUGAAGUAUAAUUCUUGACGUAUCAUUUAUGACAUCAUCAAUAACACUUAU